CUCUGACGUUUCUGCGUUUUUUUUUCUACUGGAAAUCCCGGGAUGGUCACUCCCUUUGACUCCCAGCCAACCACGAUACCGAUGUACCUCUAGAAUACAGGGCUAUAUGCAUCAUCGCUGAGAACACACGGAUUCACAAUAUCUCAUUAAGUGAGAUAUUCAAUAUUUCAUUUCGAAUAGGUAAAAAAAUAGGACUAUGUCAUUUAGCCUAUUUGAUAUGAAAAUGUAAGGCUAUUCAAUUCAUAUUCUUCAUGAAUUUCUUCCAGAAGAGAGACAUUAGUAAACAUUGCAACAAUUGUCUUGCAAUUUAUCAGGGGACAGACAUCUGAAAUAGGCUACUCAAUUUCCAUCUGCUAAUUGUAACUAACAUAAAAAAAACUCGUAAUCCCAGAAUCCUCCUGUGCGGCAUCUCCUUGAUGAUGUCAUUUACAGUAGUUUAGUCUGUAGUCGCUUAGAGGCGCUCUCCUGUCUCCUCUCCUCAUAUCAUCUGUCACUAGUUACCUAUAUCUUCGGAAUCAGUACAUUUUUGAACAGUUUCUUCUCCAGAAACAUAUAGGAAACAUCUCCAAAUGGCGUCGCCUCUGAAAGUGUGCAUUGUCGGCUCUGGAAACUGGGGUUCAGCCAUUGCCAGGAUAAUCGGCAGUAAUGCUCAGGCCCUGCAGCGUUUCGCCACCACAGUCAAGAUGUGGGUGUUUGAGGAGAACGUGAAUGGCAGGAAUCUCACAGACAUCAUCAACACAGACCAUGAGAAUGUCAAGUACCUGCCUGGAUACAGACUGCCUGACAACGUGGUGGCUGUUCCUCAGCUCCAGGAUGCUGCUGAGGGGGCUGACCUCCUAGUGUUCGUGGUUCCUCACCAGUUCAUCAGGAAGCUGUGUGAUGAGAUGGUGGGCUGUGUCUCCUAGGCCAGGGGAAUCACACUCAUUAAGGGAAUAGACGAGGGUCCGGAGGGCCUGAAGCUCAUCUCGGACAUAAUCAGGGAGAAGAUGGCUAUAGACGUCAGUGUUCUGAUGGGAGCUAACAUCGCCAACGAGGUGGCAGCAGAGAAGUUCUGUGAGACCACCAUCGGCAGUAAGAUCAUGGAGAACGGCCUGCUUUUCAAGGAGCUCCUGCAGACUCCUAACUUCAGGAUCACAGUGGUGGAUGAUGCAGACACUGUAGAGCUCUGUGGAGCCCUGAAGAACAUCGUAGCGGUAGGAGCAGGGUUCUGUGAUGGGCUGAGGUGUGGGGACAACACCAAGGCAGCUGUAAUCAGACUAGGACUGAUGGAGAUGAUAGCCUUCGCUAAGCUCUUCAGUAAAGAUGGCGUCGUCUCCUCUGCAACCUUCCUGGAGAGCUGCGGCGUGGCUGACCUCAUCACCACCUGCUAUGGAGGACGCAACCGACGCGUGGCCGAGGCCUUCGCCAAGACAGGAAAGACUAUUGAGGUCCUGGAGCAGGAGUUGUUGAACGGACAGAAGCUCCAGGGUCCUGCUACCUCAGCUGAAGUCUACCACAUCCUCAAACAGAAGGGACUGGUGGAUAAGUUCCCUCUGUUUGUCGCAGUGUAUCAGAUCUGUUUCGAGGGCAAGCCGGUACAGGAAAUGAUCUCCUGUCUACAGAGUCAUCCAGAGCACCUGUGAGUGCAGCUAGCUAGGUAUGCUAGGCUAACCUCAGAUAGCAGAGCUAGCUCCAUCUCUCCUCUCCAGCUGCUCUCCUCUGACCUCUAUCUAUAGAGAAGCUGUUCUUUCAAACAAGGGUCAGGCCUACCCUCUCACCCCUUCCCCGCCCCUCCCUCCCUCCUUCCCUCCCUAACCCUUCCUCCG